UCCGCCAUUCUAAAUUCCUCAAAAGGAACUCAGAUUGGCGCUUAGUUCCGUUUGACAGAAAUACGUUCAAUUGUGCGACGAUUUUUCAUAUCGCAAUGUGAACAAAUGUUACAUUCAUUUUUUUUUUUUCGUAAAUGCAUUAGUGAGGGGAAGAAUUUUCUUCUGAGACAUCACAAAUUGAGAUGCAGUCUUAUUCAACAAUUGUCUCUUCGAAUAUGACAGCGAUACUUCUGGCUGUUGUUUUAUCAGUACUUCUAAUCACAUAUCUCAUCCAGAGGUGGAGGAACAGGAAGAUUCACAAAUUUAUGGCAUCAGUACCCGGUCCAGUCUCGAUCCCAUUAUUCGGGAAUGCGUAUUUCGUGUUAAAAAUCAACUCCGAUAAUUUAUACGAUGUCCUGCGAGAGCAGAUGGACAAAUACCCGAACGCCGGCUACUGGUUAGGAAAGGAUCCGUGGCUUAUAACUGGAGAUAUAAAGAUUUUCAAUGCACUCUUGAGCAGUAACCAGAAUACAACAAAAACAGAAGCUUACCACUUUUUCAAAUCUCACGGAAUGGGUAUCUUUUGCUUAAAUGGAGAAUCUUGGCGGCAAAUACGUAAAAUUGUGAACCCAAGCUUCCGAACAAACGUACUGGCAUCUUUUGGUGACAGUUUCAGUUAUCACACGAAAACAUUUGUUGAACGGCUUGAGAAACACUCCGGCUCGGGGUGCGACGUUGAUCUAUUUGUACCUGUUCACUUGUGCACAAUUGAUUUUAUUUGUGCACCAAAGUACAAUAUUCUGUACAAACCUCCUUGA